CAGGAAAAUACUCAAUUAAAGACAUCCAACGAAAAGACACUUGAGCCACUGAGGAAUGGAAAUGAAUCAACUCGGGAGAAGAUGCCGGAUGAGCAUAAUAGUGAAGAUAACAGUCGUAAGAGGAAAAGAAGAGAACUAGAGCAUAGUUCAGACCUCAGCGAGAGUGUGCUGCCCUCUGAUCGAACCCCCAAUGUGGUGAAGAAUUUUGCUGCUGAUGAGGAUGAGAAUAACAAAGCAAAGGAUGCAACAGUGGGUUUGCCAUUUGUGAAGAAGUCACCGGUUUGGAAGACAUAAGAAUCAAUGGAGGUCUUCAAAGGAGUACCCCAAAGUCCUCAUUUCAGCCCAUUGGUUGAGACUAAAGAAGAUUUCCGUGAAGGGUUUGCUUUAGGUAUGAUGGUGACAUUUUCUGGGGUAUUAGAGAAAGUAAAAGAUCUGGAAACGGACGUUCCCAUAAGCCAACUAAAUAGCCUGAAAGACUCCUUUACCGAGCUAGAGAAGCAUGGAUUCACAGUUACAGCGCCUUUAUCACGGAUCAAUAAGCUAUUAGCUCUCAAAGAUAGACAAGUAAAUAUUUCUAAGGAACUAGAAAGGUACAACAAAGAGAUGGUAGUAGAUGAAACUAGCGAAAAGCGCAAGGCUGAACAAGAGUGUGGUGAGAUGGAACGCAAGAUACUUGAGGUGAAAAACAAGAUUCUGGAGCUGCAGAUGCAAGAAGCAGCACUGAGAAAACAGAAGGAUGCAACCUACGAUAAGAUAAGUCAGAUUGAGUCACGAGCAAGAGAUCUUAGUGUAGAGCUUGAAGAUGUGGGGUUUGAGUUUGAGACACUUCUGUCGGCUCCCUGGUAAGUUAGGUUAAUAAGCAAAAAAGCGUAAUGGCGUAGGAGGAGGAGGAAUAUCAAAAGAUCAGUCUCAAAACUUGUUUUUGAGUCAGGGAGAA